CGUUCGUCUUGAACGCGGAACGCUUCGCGUAUUCCCAUACCGUAGCUCAAGCUCCGCCGAGUGCUCUCUCCUCUCGUCGGGCGACACACCGAAGUGCACGAUGUCGGCGCGACGACGCGCGUGACGAGGCAGAGGAUCGCGGUCGCGAUUACUAUGCGAGCCGUGGGAGCGAAAGUUUCCGCGGAUCGAUCGAACAGCCCUUCCGCUCUCCGAUGCCGGCGAUCACUUUCAUCCCUUUUCCCUUCCCUUGACACCGCUCGCGUCAAUUGACACGAUCACGUCCCCCGAUCUUGUGCCGUCUCUCGUCGCAUUUGCCGCGCGUCUCUGCGAAUACUGCACUCGGCACACGCAAGUCCGCCCCCGGCGAAUGAUUCGUCGGGCAAGAGCGACGAUAUGCCGCUCGCACAAGCGUUCGGUCUAUGAUGCAAUUCUGUAACAGGUGAUACACACGCUGUCCCUUUAUAAGUGCGGUAGCGCGCGCGUGUUAAGGUGUCGGCGAUUCGACAGCGAGCCCGCUCCGUGCGCGACUAUUAACGAGCGGACGUCGCUCUCGGAUUCGAUUCUCGAAAGUGCUCGAAGAAAUUCUACCGUGCCUGGCGGGACAACGAAUUUCUUUUGACGUAGCUUUAUUCUCCAUCCCCCUCUGGCGCUUGUCACUAAUUCACUCUCCUGAAUCCUUUAAUCAAAAGGAAAGGAAGAUCUUCUCGUGUCUCUUAUUGUUAGACGCGAGACACACGUUACAGCCAUUUGGCAAUCUUGAAUUUCCAUCGUGCUCGCGCAUAAUUUUACGUCGCGAUCCUUUUUCCCUCGUAAUCGACGGGCCUUGUCGAGAGACUCGCGUUCUCCCUUCGCGCAUUUACGCACAUUUAGGCCGAGGGCGUCGGUACCCUCGCACUUAUGUCACGGCGAUGCCUGUUAAUCGCGCCUGUACGAGCCAGGGUGCGUGUGCCCGUGUAAUUUGAGUACGCCGCAAGUUCGGUUGUCGGUGCUCGACAACCUUUCGAUGGGUCCCACUUCAUAGUGUGCUUUCACGGUGUGCAUUCGCGGAUAAACCGUUCCCUGUUCAGGACUGAUGUACGCGCUCCCCGUUAAGACUCGAUACCUAAACUCGUAACCGUAAUCGGCAACGGCACGUGCGAUACGGGCUUAACGGUCCUCGAGCGAGCUACUCUCUGUCCAGAAAUCGGCACAGAUGGACUCGUUUCCGCCACUUCUGUCGUCAAAUCUAGCCCGAGCUGUGUGCAUCUGAAAUAAGAGUAAUCUGAUUUCCCGAAGCGAAGUUGCACCGUGCAUAAUGAAGAUACUGCCACAUCUCGUCCGAAUACGUAGUGUAUUUUUUACUGCAUAUUAAUGCUACAAAUAUACAUCUGGUUGGAAACGAUUCUUUAUUAAUAUAGAGGUGGCUAUUUCCAUCGCAAGUUCCAAUCGUGCGAGAUUUAGCCCGCGUUCUUGUCGAAGGAAAAAAUAUCUGGUGUCCGAUUUUACAGUAUCUAGGACAGAAGCCGCACGUCCAGAGCUUUAACAAUCUGGAGACUUGGUUAUUUAAUCUUCACUUUACGCUUUUAAAGCGAACGCACGCGCGCGCGCAUGUGUGUAUUUUGUAAUACGGACGUUUUAUUUUCCCCCGAAUCAGUUUUCAAAUAACGCAUCGCGAAGUGCCUGUCUUUGAAACGGGAGAUGUGCAAUCCCGAAUAAAUUUCCCUCGCUUGGCACGACACCGUCGAGCAAUCUGCAAAAUUCCCGAUGCCCCCGGACUUUCCCCGUCUCAUUAUUUUUCUAUCGCUCGUUAACAAUUGAUCUUCCCGGCAUCCUGAAUCCUUAUCAUUAGCGGAGAUUUUCGGCGAGAUAUAUAGCGUCGGUAUUAUAACGUAAUAUCGCGUAUGCGAAAUAUCACAUUAUUCCUUCCAUCCGGGCGUCAUUUUGUUCGAUAAAAUGGGUGAGCGCGGAUAUUCCAGCGAACUGUGAGCGGUAAAAUGUAGAUCGACGCAUUUUUCUUUACGCUCCCCGGACAUUAUUCAGGCACCACAUCUCGCGACUGCUCUUCUCUCCUGAUGAACAACUCUUUAUCAUACGCAGAGGAAGAGCGAGAGAGAGAAAGAGGCCGUUAUCGUGCGCGUGUGACAAAUCGAGGAUCGAACGUGUCGUGGCGUGAAACGUUUCGGGAUGAACUAAGCGCAAUGGACACCCUCGUGUUCGCUUCGUAAUUGGUGUCGGCGAGAUACAGGAGGACUGAGAGGGACAGCGGGCGCAUCGACGACGGGGCGGCCGUCGAGAUCGAGAGGGACGAGAGCAAAAUGAGGGCCCCGUUGCUCCUCUUAGGCGGCAUUGUUGUACUGUCGCUCGCGGUGGCGAGGGCUCUCUCGUGUGUGUGCUCGCCGCUGGAGUGCGACGUUCUCACCGACGAGGACUGUCCCGGAGGCCUCACCUGGGACCCCUGCAGGUGUUGCAAAGUAUGCGCGCGUGUGGAAGGCGAGCCUUGCGGCGGCCUCUUCGGUUUUUCGGGGACCUGCGCCGUCGGUCUGCAAUGCGUAAUCAUGAAUCUGCUAACUCGCAGCCGGGAAAUGGACGAGGGCGUUUGCACGAAGAUCCCUGGCAGAUGGAGGAGACAUUGUCCACACGGGCCGAUGAUGUCGGGUUCUGGCUGCAACCUGGUCGGCGAGGGAGUCGCGGCCGAGGACGGAAACGCGGCGGCCGCCGGCAAAUGCGUUUGCGGUCCGUCGGUGCCCUGGUGCCCGGGUGAGCCGCGGCCCUACAUGUACAUGACGCGGCACGAGUGUCGGCUCAAUUUGGAGGCGAAAAUUGCUUACGAUGACCUCUAUAAUUCUGGCGACAUGCCGAGCAGCACUGCCAUCGAGGGCACGUCGUUCGGCGAGUCGGCGACGCAGGGCGAUCGAGAACAGGUGGGCGAGAGAAAAGAAUCGAGACGGAACGACGGCGGCGGCGGCUGGAAGGACGACGAGAGGGCCACGAGGAGCACGCGAAUCGCCAGCCGGACAGGAGCCGCGCACAGUGUCGACGGCUGCCCGCAGGAUAGCGCGCCGAACGAGAAUGGCGGAGGUUGCAAAUGUGCGGAUUGUCCACCCCACAAGUGCCGACCGGGUCAGCAGGCGGUGCUGGUGAGGGGAUCAUUUUCCGGGACCCCCGGUAACUGCUGCUCGCGCUACAACUGCGUUCCCUCAGAUCAUCGCCAUCAGCGGGCCGAGUCGUUCUGUCCCGAGGACAGCGUCCUGACGGACGAUGGCAUCUGCAAGUGCGUCCCGACGUGUCCGCCGCCCAAGUGCCGAUCUGGUCAACGGCCGGUCGAGGUGCGGGCAGCUAAGCCCGAGACACCCGGUAGCUGUUGCCCCCUUCACGACUGCAGACCCUCAGAUCCGAUCUUCUGGGCAAAGGUCGAGGAGAAACCGCAAAACUGUAUUCACGAGGGCGUCUCGAGGAAAUUCGGUGAGGAAUGGAAACAGAACGAAUGUAUCACUUGCAUCUGCAACGAGGACGGAAUCGCGUCCUGCCAAACGACCAUGUGCAAGUCCUGCGAGAACGCGAUACCACCUGAUCCGGGCGAAUGCUGCCCUCAUUGCCCACAGCUAACGAAUCGCACUUUCGAUCACCGCCCUGACGAGUCUUGUAAGAUGUCCCUGAACGACUGCAAGAUGAAAUGCUACCACGGCUUCCGAACGGAUAAGGAUAACUGCCCGAUCUGCGAGUGCGCCGACGAUUUGGAGGUCGACCUCGCGCCGGAUGUACCGGAUGUACCGGAAGAUUACAAAGUUUGCCCGGAGCUGCCGCACUGCGGACUGAACUGCGACCUCGUCAAGGACGAGGACGGCUGCCCGGUGUGCGCCUGCCAGACGCCACCGCGUUAUUCGCCACCAAACGUCACCGCCCUGGACACCGCGAAUGAUAAAAGAAUCUGCCCCGAGGUCAAGUGCGAUCUGCACUGCGAGCUCGUCAUGGACGAGAACGAUUGCACCUUUUGCGAGUGCAAGCCACCCACCGCCGGCUGUCCGCCGCUCCUCGGCUGCAGGAAGAGGUGCAGCUUCGGUUACAAGACGAACAAGCGCGGCUGCCCGUUAUGCCGCUGUCGGGCUUCGUGCAUGGACCAUUUGAACGAGACGCAUCCGGAGGGAUCGAUUUGGCAUCCGAACAGCUGCACCACGUGCACGUGCGAGUCUGGUGGGCGACUUAAUUGUAAAGAAACUAUCUGCUCGGUGGCCUGCAGUAAUCCGCUACCACCGAAACUAGGCACUUGUUGCCCCAUAUGUCCGAUUACAACGAUCAAGGAGAACGACAUGAUUAAUCAGAUGACGAGCCGGGGCUGGGGCACAGUACCGAUUACGUUAAUCGUCGUACUUGCGCUACUGUGUCUGCUACUGAUAAUCCACAUCGUGCGCAACCGAUUCCGCGGCCGUCUGUCACCCUCGGAGGCGUCAUAUGCGUCGUAUCCGCCGCAAUAUUACAAGUGCGUGCCCGUGUACGAUACCCCGGUACAUCGGAACGAGAAGGUCGUACCUUUGUAAAAGACUGUUGUUGAUCCCCAAAGAGAGCGCGCGUUUGUCGACGAGCAACGAGUCUUCAGUUCGCCAAGACUGUUUUAUACGCGAUCGCCGAUAACGAUUUCGCCGGACUUGCACAAUAUCGAUCGCUAACUCUUAAACGGAUCUUUUAUUUGUAAAUUGAUUAUUUAUGGACAGCGAAAUCAAAAUGUUUCAUAUCGCACGAAGAAUGAUGGAAAUCUUUCUAAAACAUGAAAUUGAUUCAGAAUCAGAAUUCUAUGAAAUCGUUGCGAAAAAGAUUCCUUUAGGAGUUAACAGCAACGGAUGAUUCGCGACUCGUUGAUAAUCUUAUCUUACGAGGAAAAUUGGUUGCCAGAUAUACGCGCGUGACACUGCUGUUAACAUCUCGCUAAUUCGACGUUAAAGCGAAUACCGGCAGGAGCCAAGAAUCUUGCGCACGAUGUAAGGAAGUCUCUCUUUGGGUGCGGCUGAAAAUACUUUGAGUAGAUUCAGUAUUAUUUGUAAGCGGCAGUGAGUGUUAUGAACUCUGCAAGGGAGAAAGGGAAAAGGAGGAGCAAGAGAGAACCGCCAAUUCGCACCAACUUCGUACUACGUUUGCCGAGCCCUCUUGAAUCCCUUAACUUAAUAUGACACUUUGCGUAACCUGUACAUUAUAACAUAAUUAAAAAUAGUAGUGUAAUUACGAUUAAUUAAUAUAAGAAUAAAUGUAUUAAUGUUAACCCAUCGUAGGACUCUAACUUAAAUGAAAAAUCA